CAAGGUCCGGCCCUGCCAAUGCCUACCGCGACCUCUGACCACACGUGUGGGGGCGAGUCCCAGGCCAUAAGAAUCGGAGCCACCAAGGUGAAUUAUCAGACGCUUGAAGAGGCCCCGAAGGAUAAAGGUGGUGAAGGUCAAAGAGACAUCACAGGAAACUUUAUGCCUGGUAAAGACCCAGCCAUGGAUAAUUUCGAGCUGGAUGAGUACAAUCAGUACGCGCAGUGCCUGGCCAAGGCGCUCUGCUACGCGGCCACUCCCAUCACCGUGGGGCUGUACGCGCCCUGGGGCAGCGGCGGAGGGCAGAUGCUGAAAAAAAUUCAAGACUGCUUGAUAAAGGGCUCUCAGCGGAUCGCGGAAAAGGAAUUCAGGCGCACACAGACGCAGCCGCGCUCCGCGAACGGGCCGUGCGGCCUCCUCGCCCUCGUCUUCCGCCUGCUGUUCUUCAUUCCCGUCGUGAGUCAGCGCCAGCGGGAACAGCUCAACGUCCGCUUCAUCUUCGUCUCCUUCAACGCCUGGGAGUUCGCGGGGAGCAACCGGCUGUGGGCCGGUCUGGUGACGGCCCUGUGCGAGCAGGUGCGAAGCCAAUUUCGCCCGCUGCCCACGAGCAUCUACCGCGCUCUCGGCAGGAAGACGGUGCCGCGAUUGGACGAUAAGGACAAAGAUUGGAAUCCCAAAAUGUUCCUGUGCCUCCCUCUGUGGGCGAUCACUAUCGUCUUUGUAAUGAUGCUCGUGGCGUUCAUCGUCGUCAUCGUGGGCAUUGGGUUUCCCAGCCACUACGGGGGUGACUUGGUGUCGGCCAUCGAGGGCAUAGCAGGAAGCAUGCUGGGCAUCUCCACGUUGUUCUUCCUCAAGAGCUUCAUGAUGGUAGUGCGCAACCUGUUCUGGACGCAGAAAGAUCAGGUGGAGAGGCUCAUGGACAAGAAGGAUUUCAGUGCCGAGCUCGGCUUCAUGAACAACGUGAAACAGGAAGUCAACAUCAUCACCAAUUUUCUUCGCUUCAUGGAGGUGUUCGAACGCAGCAAGAUCCGCGUGGUGCUGAAUGUGCAAGACCUGGACCGCUGCGAUCCAGAGAAGAUCGUCGAAGUGCUGGAGGCCAUGAGCAUCCUCCUGUCCGACAAGGAGGCUCGCUUCAUCUCCAUCCUCUCCGUGGACCCGAGCGUCGUCGUGGAAUCCGUGGAGCAAAUUCGUACCAAGGGCGGCGCCAAGGACUCCAACGGCUACGAGCUGCUGAACCGCUUCGUGGAUCUGCCAUUCAGCAUGCCGUCAAUCAAUAAGGGGAUGAAGUCAAAGCUCCUGGACCACUUGAUAAAGAGCACCAGCGCGAGCGUGAUGAUGAGGGGCCCGGAGAAGGUCGUUUGCGUCGACGACGAGACGGAUGUGACAAUCAAGAUGGAAGAGUUGGCACCUCUCAGAAAGGUCGGCAGCGCCAUGGGCAGCACAUUCACGCAGUUCCGGAGCCAGACUAAAGAGACCAUUGAAGAGGCGCACAGUGCCCUCCGCGCGCCGACUGGUAACCUUUGCAAUUACGUGGACGAGAACGUUUUCACAAUGCGCCGGAUCAUAAACACGGUUCCCGUGUUUAUUAACCUACUCUUGGCCAACCAGGUCACCAUCGGAACAAACAUAACUCCUGAGAAGCUGGCGGCUUGGACUGUGCUGUCCACCCAGUGGCCUGGGAGGUUCAGCUGGCUAAUACAAUGUCUGGACGAUAAAGAGGACAGGCAGGACAUUGAUGAGCAGGGAAUCGUCAAGAAGGCGCAAUCUUCAGAUGGAGAGACGCCGCAAAGUCCAUGCAGAAUCACAGAUGCGACCCCUCUUUGGGACAUCUUUGAGGACUCUCUGCACGAGAUGUGCGACCUCCUGAGCCAGAUGGAGCAUCUCCUGAAGAUGGACGGUGACCCCGAUCAGUUUGAGAAAUUCCUGUCCAAGGAUUAUCGCUUCACCGUGGGCGAUUUUCGAAGUCUGAACAUCUGCACCAUCAAUCUGGACAGAUCGCUGCAACGGAAGAUGGAGCUGCUGCGUGGGAAUUACAGCAUCAAAAUGCACCGUAAUACGAAGGGAGCAGAGUCCAGGCAGAUGGGACGACUGGUCUCCGAAUUCACGCGGAUCUACAGCAUGAGCCCCGAGGGCGUGUGCAAGGAGAUGGGGGCGCUGGAGCUGAGCUCGGAGCGGCUGGCCGGCUACCAGAGCCGCGCAGUGGAGCACGGCGUGAGCGGCCGCGCUCUGCUGCACGGCACGGAGGAGGAGGUCAGGAGGGCGCUGGGGAUGGAGGCGCUGGGCGACUGGGCCACCUUCCGGGACCACUUCCUGCACCUCUUGGCCGACCACCAGGAGGCGUCCCAAGACGCGUGGCACCGCGAGCUGCGCGACAUCUGGGUGGCGCGGUGGCUCAAGUGAAGGGUGCAGCGCGGCGGUUGAGUUGCUGCCACAGCUCUACCCGCCCGCCCUGUCGUUGUAGCCUUUGCAGUUGAUGAGUGGGUGAAAAUAUGUGGAAAGUUUUGUAAUCCACAGGGGGGGGGGGGGGGGUUCCACAAUGGCCUGUUGCCGCAUCUUAUAUAUACAAAUAAUAAUAAUUAUAUAUAUAGCCUUGAGUCGUUCAUGCAAAUUGCACCUCACAAUCGCUGAGGAACCACAGACCGAGUUAGAAGGCUUCCAGCCGCUGAGCUGGCGCCAGAAAUAGCUCUGAAGUUCUCCAUAUAUUAAGAUGUUUUCAGCCAAUUCGCGUUUCUACAUGUGGAAGGGAUCCGGAGCGCCUGGAGGAAACCUACGCAUGCGAGGGGGCAACACACUAUUCCCACGCGAAGGGAGUUUCACAACAUCUGUGUGAGCGAUCCAUCAACCUUCGUUCCCAUCACUGAGCCGGAUAACAGGCCACGUGCUUAGCCAACACCGCCCGGCCAGAUGUGUGAUGUAGGACCAUUACCCGAAACGUCAAAUGCAGUGUAUAAUUUUAAGACGACGAUGUUAUUAAAUAAUGUAGCGAAAAAUAACAAAAAACAGAGUGCAGCUCGUUAUUGGCCAUAAAAAAACAUCUCGAUGCUGAAUGGUUCCCUGCAAAUGACUGAAUUGGGAUCAGACGUUGCAACAUCGCCACCUACUGUGAAACUGGGCGGGACCCUCCUGAAAAAGAAUUGAGACUCGGUCAGGCUCUCCUGGGCUAACAAGGAGAGCAGUAAAUAAUACAAAUAACGAAAUGACAAUUAAAACACGUCCCUUUCUUAUUCGUGUGCACAAAUGCGUGUUUAAUUUAAUGGUAAAAACAAAAUACUCCUUCGUAAAUAAGCACAUUCCAACAGAGCAAUACUGUCGCGACAGA